GGUCGCUAGGUGGCAGCACCGCCAAGGCCCCAGCCACCAUCUCCCCCGGCGGCAAGCAGCAACCACUGGGGAGAGAGUGUUGGGGGAGCCGGAGUGGGUUGGUGGAGCUCCGCGCAGAAGGAGGAGGAGGAGGAGGGGGAAGAUGUCUCUCAGUCCGUCCGUUCGCCGGUCCUUAGCGGCUGUUGGCCGUUGACCGGACGUGAACUUCUCGCCAGCUUCCCCUCGGGUCCACUUCACCGAGGGAGGCGGGGGAGAAACAAGGAAGUGGACGCGGCGGGGACACUUUUUUUUUUUUUUAAACCCCCCCCACCCCCUCUUCUUUUUUAAAUGACCUUUUUGCCUGGGGCAAAGAACAAUGGUGCGCACUGGUGCAAUGUGAAGUCGACCUGCUGAGGAACUGCGACGUGUUGCCCUCCAGGGCCGGAACUUUUCUGUCCUGACGCAAAGAGACCGUGCCCUCGUAGAGCCCCGAGCCAGACUUUCUACAGCUUCCCGCCCUCAGUCUUGAGACUGUCGUUCACAAGAACACCAAGUUCCCGAGAAAGCUUGAACAGAUCAUCAAAACAACAACAAUCGUCUAAUCUGGAAAUCACGAUUUAACCCGGAACCCGGCCAUGUUCCACAUGUGAUGUCCGAAACGCGUGACGGACGGCGGCCGGACGCCGGUGACGGUCUGAGCCGGGGCAACGCGGACUUGGCCGCCGUGGACUCUGACGAUGACGAGUCCGACGUGCAGCCAAUGGACGUGGACGUGAAGACCGACGCGUUCCGAAAAGAAGACAUGGAGGACGAAGAUGACGAGUUGCCCUCAGAGCGACAGAUCGUGGUCGGCAUCUGCUGCAUGAUGAAGAAGUCCAAGUCCAAGCCCAUGACGCACAUCCUGGAGCGCCUCUGCAAGUUUGACUACAUCGAGGUGGUCAUCCUUCCCGAGGAAGUCAUCCUGGAGGAGCCGGUGGACAAAUGGCCGCUGUGCGACUGCCUCAUCUCCUUCCACUCCAAAGGUUUCCCACUGGACAAAGCUGUGGAAUACGCCAAGCUCAGGAAUCCAUUAGUGCUCAAUGACCUCAACAUGCAGUAUUUCAUACAGGACAGGAGGGAAGUGUACCGCAUUCUUCAAGAAGAGGGGAUUGAACUACCUCGAUAUGCCGUGCUCAACCGAGACCCCGACAAUCCUGAGGAGUGCAGUCUGGUGGAGGGGGAGGAUCACGUGGAGGUGAACCUCGAGGUGUUCCCCAAACCCUUCGUGGAGAAGCCCGUCUGCGCCGAGGACCACAACGUCUACAUCUACUACCCGACGUCGGCGGGCGGCGGCAGCCAGAGACUCUUCAGAAAGAUUGGGAGUCGUAGCAGCGUUUACUCCCCGGAGAGCAGCGUUCGGAAGACGGGGUCGUACAUCUACGAGGAGUUCAUGCCCACAGACGGCACCGACGUGAAGGUGUACACGGUGGGCCCCGACUACGCCCACGCAGAGGCCCGGAAGUCUCCCGCGCUGGACGGGAAGGUGGAGCGGGACAGCGAAGGGAAGGAGAUCCGAUACCCCGUCAUGCUCACCGCCAUGGAGAAGCUGGUCGCGCGCAAAGUCUGCCUGGCCUUCAAGCAAACAGUGUGCGGCUUUGACCUGCUCCGAGCCAACGGCCACUCGUUUGUCUGCGACGUCAACGGCUUCAGUUUCGUCAAAAACUCCAUGAAGUACUACGACGACUGUGCCAAAGUGCUGGGGAACUUGAUAAUGAGAGAGUUGGCCCCUCAGUUCCACAUUCCCUGGUCCAUCCCCAUGGAGGCCGAAGACAUCCCCAUUGUGCCAACAACCUCAGGAACUAUGAUGGAGCUGCGCUGUGUCAUCGCCAUUAUUCGCCAUGGCGACCGCACACCAAAGCAGAAAAUGAAAAUGGAGGUUCGACAUCCUUUAUUCUUCGAGUUGUUCGACAAGUGUGGAGGUUACAAGUCGGGAAAAAUAAAACUGAAAAAACCAAAACAGCUGCAGGAAGUGCUGGACAUUGCCCGUCUGCUGCUGCUCGAACUCGGUCAACAUAAUGACUGUGAAAUUGAGGAGAAGAAGUCCAAACUGGAGCAACUCAAAACCGUCCUGGAGAUGUACGGUCACUUCUCAGGUAUCAACAGGAAAGUCCAGUUGACGUACUUGCGCAACGGAAAACCUAAAGCCUCCAGUGAAGAGGAAGACUCCAAGAGGGAGGGUCCGUCUCUGCUUCUGGUCCUAAAGUGGGGCGGCGAGCUGACGCCUGCUGGCCGGGUUCAGGCAGAGGAGUUGGGCCGAGCCUUUCGCUGCAUGUACCCUGGAGGCCAAGGCGACUACGCCGGCUUCCCGGGCUGCGGCCUCCUGCGCCUGCACAGCACUUACCGCCACGACCUCAAGAUCUACGCCUCCGACGAAGGCCGGGUGCAGAUGACCGCCGCGGCGUUUGCCAAGGGCCUCCUCGCUCUCGAAGGUGAGCUGACUCCGAUCCUGGUGCAGAUGGUGAAGAGCGCAAACAUGAACGGGCUGCUCGACAGUGACAGCGACUCGUUGACGGACUGCCAACAGAAGGUGAAAGCCAGACUGCAUGAGAUCAUGCAGAAAGAUCAGGAUUUCUCACAAGAUGACUAUCAGAAGCUAGCGCCAACAGGCAGCCCGUCGCUGGUGAACUCCAUGAAAGUCAUACAGAACCCGGUCCAAACCUGCGACAAGGUCUACGCGCUCAUCCAGAGCCUCACCUCACAAAUCAGAAGACGACUGGAGGAUCCCAAGUCUUCAGAUCUACAGCUGUACCACAGCGAGACGUUGGAGUUGAUGCUGCAGCGCUGGUCCAAACUGGAGAGAGAUUUCCGCAUGAAGAGCGGACGCUACGACAUCAGUAAGGUCCCGGACAUCUAUGACUGCAUCAAAUACGACACGCAGCACAACUCCUCGCUGGACCUGGACGACACACUGGAGCUCUUCCGGCUCUCCCGCGCUCUGGCCGACAUCGUCAUACCACAGGAAUAUGGCAUCAGCAAAGCAGAGAAGCUGGACAUCGCUCAAGCGUACUGCGUCCCCCUGAUGAAGAAGAUCCAGCUGGACCUGCAGAGGACGCACGAGGACGAGGCCGUCAACAAGCUGCACCCCUUGUACUCGCGGGGGGUGAUGUCUCCGGGCCGCCACGUCCGCACCCGUCUCUACUUCACCAGCGAGAGCCACGUCCACUCCCUGCUCAGCGUCUUCCGCUACGGGGGACUCUUGGAUUAUGAAAAAGACCAGCAAUGGAAGCAGGCCAUGGACUACUUGAGUGCUGUGACAGAGCUCAACUAUAUGACUCAGAUAGUUAUUAUGCUGUACGAAGACAACAACAAGGACCCCUCUUCAGAGGAACGUUUCCACGUGGAGCUGCACUUCAGUCCUGGGGUCAAAGGCUGCGAGGAUGAAGAGAAUGUUCCACUUGGCUUCGGCUUCCGUCCGGCUUCAUCAGAGAAUCGGGACAAAAAGCCCAACCAGGGCAGCCUGGAGGAUCUCUCUCAGGACCAAACCGACCAGGCUCUUCUGGUUUCCGAGCCCAUCAACAUCCAGAGAAGGUCACCCAUGAUUCGCAACCGUAAGACUGGAUCCAUGGAGGUCCUCUCUGAGACUUUGCCCACCCUGUCGUCAAAGUGCCCCACGUCACACCGACUAUUUCCUUCGGGCUCGCGCCAGUCGCCCGACAUCAAACCAGCCGGCGGCCUAGGCUCGCACUGCUCUGGCCUCUUCAGCGCCUCCAUGCUGGGGGUGUCCUGUAGCGCCCCCAACCUGCGGGACUACGUACGCACGCACCACCAUCACCACCGAAAACCCCCCCUGUCCCCCGGCAGCCUGCCCUGCCACAUUGGCAUGUUCGAGCUGUUGUCUAUGCCGCCAGUAAAGAGAUUUUCUGUGUCGUUUGCCAGGCAUCCGACUAACGGUUUCGAAGGCUGCUCCAUGGUGCCCUCUAUCUACCCGCUGGAGACGCUGCACAACUUGCUCUCGCUCAAGCAGGUGGACGAGUUCCUCAACGCGGUGUGCGAGAGCAGCAGCGAGGCCCACGCCAAGACCAUGAAGGCGCUGUCCGGUCUCUUCGACUCUCAAAGCCAGCCGUCUCUCUACAGCCCCCAGCAGCCGCUCUCCUCGUCGGGGUCCGAAGCGUCCCUGCGACCGCCGAGCCGGCCUUGUUGGCAUGGCAGCGUUCCUUCCAGCACUGUGUCCAGCGCCGGCCCGUCGUCCCCCAUCACCGAGAACGCCGCCCUCAACUUCAGCUACAGCGAGUAAUCACACACACACACACACGUUCUUGUGUGACGCACUUUAUGAUCACUUCAUUCGUUAUCGUUGACCGCAGCAAUUAGACCGGACUCACGACAUUAGACUGAGACGUGCAGUAUUCAAACACCGGCUGUGGCUUCAGCUUUUUGUGACGUUAUUUUUUCUAAAUUGUUUUGACGGCAUUUUGUUUUUGCCAAAGUUGAAAUGUAAAGCGUUGAAAUGAUUUCAGACGAGUCGUGGAAAGCUUCUCAAAUGUCCAAAAACGAGAAUGUAGGGUAUGAUCAGGGUUUUUCUUUUGUUUUGCAUCAAACAAGACCACAUUUUUUUUUUUUUGUGUAUUAAAACGACAGCCGCCAAAGAUUACUGUUAGUACUCUGUCGAAUAAUAUGUAGAUAAGAUGAAUGUUUAGUUUUACAUGAAAAUGAAUCUUUGUACAUGUUUGAUUUGUACAACAUUGAUUAAUUUGUAUGGCGGAUUAAUAUAGAUUGUUUAUUAUUUUUUUGUGUGUGUGCACUUGUGCGUGUGUCCAAUAGUUGUGAUUGUUUUGUGUUUUUAUUGAAUUACAUCCAAAGAAAAGUCAGCCAAAGUGUUCCCGAAGCAAAUAAAAGCAAUUGACGUGC